AUGUCGUCCAAGCGCAAAUGGGACCAGGCCGCACCCGACGCAGGCACCAACAUAGACGAUGACAACAAUUCGCACCCCUCCAAGGCACCCAAAGCCGAGGACGGCAAGACCGCGUCCGAGGCUGCCGCCGCCGCUGCAGCCAUCGCGGCCAAGAUCGCGGCCCAGUUCAAGGACGGCGUCGGCGCAGCGGGCAGCGUCCAGCUCGGCAUGCGCGACCCACACGACGCAGAGUUUACGCACGAUAUCGACAUCAACGACGUGCGCAAUCGUUAUUUGUUGACGCGAGGGAGCACGCAGUCGGACAUUCACGAGGAGACAGGCGCGUCGGUCAGCACCAAAGGCACCUGGUAUCCGGACCGGACAAAGGCGUCAGAUAGGGACCCACCCCUGUACCUCCACCUCUCUGCGAACAACAAGGAGGUUCUACAGAAGGCUAUAGAUAGAGUCAAUGACCUCAUUAACACUGACCUUGGCCCGCUUGUGGAGGACAAGAAGGACCGCCUGCGCGAAAAGCGUAAAUGGCCAGAAGAGAAGCUUCCCGUCGGGCUGGAGUCGAUACGAAACUUCAACGUGCGAGCAAAGGUGGUCGGGCCCCAGGGUAUGUUCGUCAAGUAUAUUCAACAAGAAACGGGCACCCGCGUCCAAAUAAAAGGUCUCGGCUCCGGCUUCGUUGAUCAAGAAACAGGCCGCGAGUCCGACGAGCCGAUGCACAUCCACAUAACCGGACCGGACGAAGGCCAAAUUGCACGCGCAAAAGUCCUCACCGAGGACCUGCUCGAGGUCGUCCGCGCCGAGCACGCAAAGGCACAGUUGGCCAUGCAACAGCAGCAGAUGGAGCUCCACCAGGCUCAGAUGCACUUUGCGCAGUACGCACAGGUGGGCGGCUACGGGGGUGUAGCGCCUCAGCCGCCAUCCGGCGAGGCACCACCGCCACCACCUGGAGAACAGCCGCCUCCGCCGCCCGACGGGAGUGCACCGCCGCAGACGCCGUACACAGGUGCUACCCCUGGUCAGGAUGGGGGACAGGAUGCAUAUGCUGCGUAUUGGUACGUCUACGGGUACGACGUCAACUCGGAGCAGUUCAAGGAGUGGGCCGCGCAGCAACAGGCGCAGUAUGGACAGUACUACGCUCAGCAAGCACAGCAGGGGCAGACGCCGGGACAGGAUGGCACGCCUCAGCCGCCAGCGCCAGCGCCGGCCGGGGACGCUCCGCCGCCGCCGCCACCUCCUGCAUAG